CUUUUUUUAGGCACCUCUACACUAACGCCUAAUCUACCAAAUUUCUAGGCGGUCUUACAGGUUACCCAAGACCCAAAAAUCCGAUAUCCACCAUAAUUCUCUCGCAGUUAAUUAUCAUGGCCGACAAAUCGAUAGCUACGGAUUCCGCCAACCUUGCACUUCCUAAAUCUCUUGAACAAGUCCGAAUUACAUCUUUACCACCAGAGGCAUACUACAUCUCGGACUUUAUUACGCAAGAGGAAGAGGAAACGAUUCUAGGUAAAAUAGCAUCCGCUCCGAAACCCCGCUGGAAGCAGUUGACACAUCGACGACUACAAACUUGGCCUUCCGACCUCGUAAAUGACAAGUUGAUGGAUGCACCCUUGCCAACUUGGUUAAAUGACCCGAUCGUGCCGCGUUUGAAGUCAUUCCACAUCUCGCCGGAUAACAACUCCGAUAUCUUUUCCGACAGCCCUCAUCAGAGACCGAAUCAUGUUCUAAUCAAUGAAUACCCUCCUGGAAUCGGCAUAAUGCCUCACAAGGACGGAGCUGCCUAUCAUCCUGUUGUGUGUACUGUGAGCCUAGGUGCUAGUCUCUGUCUCAACAUAUAUAAGCCUAAGGAUGACGGAACUCUGGAACCCGAGCCAGCUUGGAGAAUUCUACAAGAACCCCGAAGCCUACUCAUUACAACGUCCGCUUUGUACCAUGACUUCCUUCAUGGUAUCGCAGAUGUUACAGAGGAUAUUGAACUUUCUGGAAGUACAAUCACCAACUGGGAUCUCCUUCGAUCGCCCGAUGAAUUCGCAAAUGGUUGUAACGUACGGAAGAUCCGAACCAGCUUGACCUAUCGAGACGUAAUGAAGGUAUCCAAGUUAGGAGGCAAGCUCGGUUUAUUCCAGAAAAAGUGAUAAGGCGUCGAA